AUGGCUGAGACGAACGAACAACCUGUUGUGGUGCCGGAUGAGCAGGAGGACAAUGAGUCCACGCUGGGUGAGGACUCUGCAUCUACUACAGCGAGUGUUUCUGAAUCAAUCUUCAAUUACCGCUGUGAAAACGGCAGAACUUAUCAUGCCUAUAAAGACGGCAAGUAUGUCUUGCCGAAUGAUGAGAGGGAGAAUGAAAGAUUAGAUCUUCAACAUAAUCUGUUCCUUCUCACCUUUGGCGAUAAGCUUGGUCUCGCACCGCCUUGUUUCCCAGACACAAAAGUGAAUCAUGUCUUGGACCUGGGAACUGGGACCGGAAUUUGGGCCAUGGACUUUGCAGAUGAACAUCCGGAAGCAGAGGUCAUCGGCGUCGACCUCUCACCGAUUCAACCAAGCUUCAUCCCACCUAACGUGACCUUUGAGAUUGACGAUAUUGAAGACGAGUGGACCUACUCAAAGCCAUUUGACUACAUCCACAGCCGUUUCAUGACAUCUUGCAUAAGCGACUGGAAGAAAUACCUCACCCAAUGCUUCCAGAACUUGAGCCCCAACGGCUAUCUCGAGCUCCAAGAAGCAGAUCUCACCAUCAAAUCCGAUGACGACACCGUGAAGCCUGAUAACGCACUCCUCAAGUGUCUCAAGCUUCUCCAAGAGGCAUCAGAGCGGUUCGGCCGUCCGUAUGUAGAUAUCCCAGCGCUAGUAGACGUCAUGACGGAGAUUGGGUUUGUGGAUGUCAAGAUCGAGAGAUUCAGGUGGCCGAGCAAUUCGUGGCCGAAGGAUAAGAAGUACAAGGAGCUGGGGACUUGGUGCUAUGAGAACUUUUCGAGUGGGCUUGAGGCUAUCACCAUGGCGGCGCUGACGAGGGGUCAUGGGUGGAGUGUGGAGGAUACUACGGUGUUUCUGAUGGAUGUGAGGAAGACUAUGGGGGACAGGAAGAUCCAUGCCUACUGGCCGAUGUGA